AUGUCUGCGGCUGAGGUUUCAAGCGGUGGUCCGGGUGGUAAUGCCACCUUCAGAGAUAAGGAAAAGCCCAUGGCAGUUCGCUCGUCGAACAUUGUCGCUGCUAGAGCUGUUGCCGAUGCCGUACGCACAUCUCUCGGUCCGCGCGGUAUGGACAAGAUGAUUCGCAGUGGAAAGGGGAAGACCAUCAUCACAAACGAUGGCAACACCAUGCUCAAGAGCAUGUCAGUCAUGCAUCCCACCGCAAAGAUGCUGGUCAAUCUCUCCGGUGCUCAGGAUGUCGAGGCUGGUGACGGCACCACCUCUGUUGUCGUCAUCUGCGGCAGCUUGCUUGGUGCUGCCGACCGCCUCUUGUCCAAGGGCAUCCACCCCUCUGUCAUUUCCGAAUCGUUCCAGCGCGCCGCCGCCGCCGCCGUCGAAGUCCUUCACGAUAUGUCACAGCCCAUCUCUUUGACUGACACUGCAUCGCUUCUGCAAGCUGCCAACACCUCGCUCUCCUCCAAAAUUGUUUCUCAGUACUCCAACCUUCUCGGGCCGAUGGCUGUCAAUGCUGUAACGAAGACGAUCGAUCUUAAGACGGCCGAGAAUGUCGAUCUUAACAACAUUCGCAUUAUCCGAAAAGUCGGAGGCACAAUCGAGGACAGCGAGCUGGUGGACGGCCUUGUGCUCAACCAGUCUGUCCUCAAGAACGCUGGUGGGCCGACUCGAAUGGAAAAGGCCAAGAUUGGUCUCAUCCAGUUCCAACUGAGCCCUCCCAAGCCUGACAUGGAAAACACUAUCCAGGUCAACGACUACCGCCAGAUGGACAAGAUUGUCAAGGAGGAGCGCUUAUAUCUACUCAACCUCGCCAAGAAGAUCAAGAAAGCCAAGUGCAACGUUCUUCUCAUCCAAAAGUCGAUCCUCAGAGAUGCCGUCAACGACCUGUCACUCCACUUCCUCGCCAAGCUCGGAAUCAUGGCCAUCAAGGAAAUUGAACGCGAUGAGGUCGAGUUCAUCUGCAAGUCGACUGGUUGCAAGCCCGUUGCCGAUAUCGACUCGUUCACCGAGGAUAAGCUAGGAAGUGCUGACCUGGUCGAGGAGGUUACGUCUUCUGGAGCGCGUAUGGUCAAGGUAAUGGGUGCCAAGGCGACCGGCAAGACCGUGUCUAUCGUUGUUCGUGGUGCCAACUCCCUGAUCCUGGAAGAGGCCGAGCGCAGCUUGCACGACGCGCUCUGCGUUGUCCGCUGCCUCGUCAAGAAGAAGGCCCUCAUCGCCGGUGGUGGCGCACCCGAGAUUGAGAUUGCUGCACAACUGGCGAAACAGGCGCGCAGCCUAACUGGCACCGAGGCCAUCUGCUGGAAGGCCUUUGCUGACGCCAUGGAGGUCAUUCCCACCACUCUGGCCGAGAACGCCGGCCUCAACAGCAUCAAGGUUGUCACUGACCUAAGACAUCGCCACGAAAUGGGCGAGAAGAGCGCCGGCGUCAGCAUCAAGUCUGGUGGCGUCAACUCCAACAUUUCCAAGGAGAAUGUUCUUCAGCCGCUGCUGGUCAGCACGAGCGCCAUUGAGCUGGCAGCAGAGACGGUGAAGAUGAUUUUGAGAAUAGACGACAUUGCCCUUACGAGAUAG